GAUGACUCGUUUUUAUGGUGAACAUUCGAUCCACUGGAAUUGAAAAUCCUCUUGAAGUCCACGCGUCUUCAAUUUCCACCAGUUUCAGGGGGAGGGGGCUAAAUUGGAUUCACAUUCAAUUAAUUUGUGGCGAGCCCCAUAAGGGCUCACAUACUUUUUGACAGGGACUUUAUUUGCGGCUUCCGUUUUUGUCUAACCCAAUCGAAAAUAUAAGCCAAGGCAAUCAUGAAUCCAUCAUUGGAGUUGUGGGAAAUUUGACAAACAACUGGCUCAUAACCAUUUUUGGAUACAUUCAAGAUUGACUAGGAUUACCUGGCCACGAACGGAAACAACUUUAUUACUUCUGGAUUAAAGUGGAUCGAUGACAUACCAGAAUGUGGAUCUGUUUUUAUUGUGACUGACGUGAAAGGAUUCCAAUAAUCUCACACCCCCGACAUUGAGAAGAGGAAAAGAGACACCAGGUUGAUAAGCUAAAGUGAGGACAUAUGCUUCUACCCACGAGAACAUGAAACCACUUCUUGGGUAUUUGGUGGGCCUAGUAAUAGGUUCCAUCAUGUACUCCGUCACAAUUGAGGCCAGCAUUAUUGUCCUCUCCACACCACAAUCAGUGCCGGAAAUCCAAGAGGUCCUGGCUGUCGAAGGCCAUUCCACCCAAUUGCCUUGUGAUAUCUCGCCACCAAAUCCUUUGGAACAAGUCUAUCUGGUACUUUGGUACAGACAAGAUGAAGGAGAACCAAUCUAUAGCUACGAUGCCCGAAGUGGAGGUGGUGAGAUUGGACGUCGAUGGAGCGAUGACCACGGAGGCUUUGGACCUCGGGCCUAUUUCCAGGUCCAGACUUUGCCAGCGGUCCUCAACAUUAAGGACAUCCUUCAGCAUGAGGCCGGAAUCUACCGCUGCAGGGUGGAUUUUAAGACCGCUCCCACGAGGAAUUCCCUCAUAAAUGUCACCGUUGUGGUUCCUCCUGGUACUCCGACCAUCUUCGACGAAUCUGGACAAGAGGCCCGGACAGUUGUGGGUCCCUACUUAGAAGGUGACAGCAUCAUCCUUCAAUGCAUCGCCUCAGGAGGUGAUCCUGUGCCUCAAGUGACUUGGUGGAGAGAUAGCCAUCUGCUCGAUUCCAGUUAUGAGACCACUUUCAGCCAAACCGUUCAAAACACGCUAACUAUUGACAAGGUUUCUCGGAAGGACUUGGGAGCCAUUCUCACUUGUCAGGCCUCUAAUAACAACAUUUCCAUUCCGGUCUCUACCCGGGUCACCGUGGACCUGAAAUUUCGGCCAUCCCGCGUGCGAAUCUUGACAAAGAAGGAACCGUUGUCUGCCGGGAAAUAUUACCGAUUGGAAUGCGAAAGUGGAGGCGCCCGUCCCGCCGCCAUUGUGACUUGGUGGAAGAACAACAAAUUCAUGGGCAAAGCCCCGUCCAAGAUUGUCGAUAAUGGAAAUCUCACCAUCUCUACUCUGGAAUUCAAACCGAAGCCCUCGGACCAUGGCAAAAGCAUCACCUGCCGUGCAGAAAACUUGGAGAUCUCAAACUCGGCUCUCGAGGAGCAUUGGAAACUGGUCAUCUAUCAUGCUCCAAUCGUAUCCCUGACAUUUGGCGCCAAUUUGAAUCCAAGCAACAUUGCCGAGGGCAACGAUGUCUACUUUGAAUGCACAAUAUCGGCAAAUCCCGAUGUCUACAAAGUCAUAUGGCUCCAUAACGAUGUUAUGGUCAACCAUGAACAAACCAAGGGUGUGAUAAUCUCUGGUUCCAGUCUGGUCCUCCAAGGGGUCCAUCGACGCCAAAGUGGCUGGUACGCUUGUGUGGCCUCGAACUUGGAAGGCGACACGCAGUCCAAUUCCAUCGAAUUAAAGAUCAUGUAUAAGCCAAUCUGUGGAAACUUCAAGCGGGUGAUCCAAGGCGUGAGUCGCGACCGAGUGAGUAAGAUCGCUUGUCCCGUGGAAGCUCAUCCCAAGGCCUCACGAUUCACUUGGAGCUUCAACAACUCUCUCGAGAGCCACAACAUCAACGCAUCCCAAUACGAAUCCAAUUCGACUCACUCAAUCUUGAGCUACGAACCCAAGGACGACGACGAUUUUGGAUUGAUCUUCUGCAGCGCUUCCAACGCUUUUGGCCUUAUGGAGGAGCCUUGCGUUUUCAAGAUCAUUCCCGCAGGGCCUCCGGACCCACCUUCCAAUUGCUCGGUGGUCAACCAGACGACGGACUCUCUGGAAGUGGAAUGUCUUCCUGGAUUUGAUGGUGGUCUCGAGCAAACAUUUCAAUUGGAGGUGACAGAUCUCCAAACGGACCUCGUCUUGGCCAACGAUUCCGGACAGGUCCCAGAAUUUGUGGUGUCUGGAUUGAACUCGGGACGAGGAUUGAAAAUAACAAUCUUCGCGGUCAAUUCCGAUGGUCGAAGUCAGCCGUUUGUACUUGAGGGGUUCACUUUGAAAGUAGCCGAGCUACAAUUGGAAAGCCCAGUUCCACUCGAGUUCACUCCGGUGUUGGGAAUCUUGAUUGGGGUGGUGCUCACUUUGCUCCUGGUGGCGUUGGUCAUCAUCUUGGUGCUCCGAAUCAAGUAUCGCAAUCACAAACCCCCACAGAAUAUGCAAAACCUCGGCUCGAGGAGGCAAGCCAAGGAAAGACCUUUCAAACCGGACCACAACAUCAAAUCUGCCAUCCCAACCCAACAAGAUGCCGAGGAAUACUUUUGCAUUCAGCAACCGCAUCCAGAUGACGACAACGAUCAAAGUCAGACCUAUCUUCUCAAGGAGUCCACACUGUCUCAUCGCCAAUGUCCAAGAUCGACAGAAAUCAAUGGAAGCCACAUGAGUUUGGUGGGCAGUCCCAGGAAUAAUAAUCCUAGUCCAUACUUCGCCGGUUCAACGGGCAGCUCGACUGAAAGCUAAAGCGGAGGUGGCAGCUGCACUACGGUGGAAGCUGAUAAAACGCCUCCCUAUCUGCCCAGAAUUCUUAAUAAUAGUUACAUUGACGCAGAACACACGCCUUCGAACAAUCUUCAGCUUCCACCCAAACCCUAUCCAAGCUUGAAUAGCCGAGGAACGAGCCAUUUACAGGGUGGCGUCGGGAUCUCAUCUGGGUAUGAUCCCCACGCUUUGUACUCAAAGGUGGAGCCUCGUAGCAAGAGAACCGUGUCCAAUAAAAGGGACCCUGCCUCAAACAAAGCCUGCAACCUCAUUGUUAAUCCCGUUCAACCUGAAGACGGUGAGAGCGACUCAAAGGCGUGGAUGCCACUCCUGAUUAAUUCACGUCAACAAGAAAGCACUCUCUGAGAUCAACAUAAAUUUAAAAGAAAGAAUACAGUUAUCAUGUUUAUCCACGUC